CCCAGCUCCUACGUGAACCCGCACGUCAGGUCCCCCAGAUCCCUCACCCGCCGCCGCAGAUGCGCAGCCCGGAUCCAGCCCCAGUAGCAGCAGCCGCGGCGGCUCCAGACACAUCCACUCCACUGAAAUGUUUUAUUUAACAUGCCAUACCGGAAGAAGAAGCCAUAUUUCUCCAGCCCUCCGCUCAUAGCCAGCCAUCGCGGCUCACAGCAAUAACAGGAGCCUGGACGGCCACUAUGCCGGGAUACAGUGCACGUGAGGAGGAUGCCCCCCAGCACGAUGGACGCCUGAGCUGGUGCUGAUGCGGCUCCCUGCUCACCCCCGGAUGGAUGGACAGGCGGAUCAGGCUGGGGAUGCUGAGAGCUGAGACAAUAGAAGGAGCCACAUCCAAGGAAGAGAAAGAGGAAGCAAGGGGGAGGGAAGACAUAGGAGCAAGCCCCGCAGCACCUCAUCCACAGCCCUGCCAUUGGAUUAUAAAGGAUUCUUCUCUCUUCUUUUACAGAUCUCCUUCUGUUUGCUAGCAGAGGGCAUGGAAUAGGAUGGGCACUCACCCCCCAUUAUCCCGUCUCCCCAUCCCGCAUCCAUGUUAAUGGUUUUCUCCUGGAUCCAGUAAGCCCUCCAGCCAUUGUUGCACACCUUUACCUGCUGCCCACCCCCCUUUUCUUGGCCUUAAGGUUGCAGGUCCCCCCCCUCCCCCACUGCAUGUCAGAAUAUUACUACUAUUUUAUAGGGUCCCUGUUCCCAUCCUUUUUAUACGUAAGGGUUGAUGGAUGUUCCUUAUUGCCGUCCCCUCCGAACCCUUUAGAUAGACAAUACUAUAUUGCACUCACUUAACCCCAUGCAGUGCAGACCCCGGCCACAGGAGCACAGGAGAGCGAGAAGCAUUCCACUACCAUUGGGUCACCUGGGACCUCCGUCCAUGCCUCUGCAACGCCAGUGCACUGGAACCCCCCAAACGCCUGGUCCUCCGGCUGGUGAAUGAUGUUUAAAUACCGGCUCCGCAUGUUCUUCAAUGAACUUAAGGUUCUGGUGCUGACCCGAUCUGAUCGAAGUGAACCGGAGCCGGGCCACGCUAUGCGAGGGCUUGGGGUUGGGGGCUGUGGAUGGCCACCCUUUGCGGACUGCUCCUCCAGAGAUGAUGAUGAGGAAUACUAUGGGUCUGAUCCUAGACCCCGCAGCCUUGGACUGGAGGAGAAGGAUGGAAGGCUUGGGGCUGCGCUGGACGCUGUGUCCCUGGGCAGCAGCAUUGACAGUGGCAUGAGGACCCCGCAGUGCAGAAUCUGCUUCCAAGGCCCUGAGCAGGGAGAACUGCUGAGCCCUUGUCGCUGUGACGGGUCCGUACGCUGCACACAUCAGCCUUGCCUAAUACGAUGGAUUAGUGAGCGGGGAUCCUGGAGCUGUGAGCUGUGUUAUUUCAAAUAUCAUGUCCUAGCUAUCAGUACUAAGAACCCUCUCCAGUGGCAGGCCAUUUCUUUGACUGUGAUCGAAAAGGUCCAGAUAGCAGCUAUAAUCCUGGGCUCCCUCUUCCUCAUCGCCAGCAUAUCCUGGUUAAUCUGGUCCUCUCUCAGCCCCUCGGCCAAAUGGCAGCGGCAGGAUUUACUGUUCCAAAUCUGCUACGGCAUGUACGGCUUCAUGGAUAUAGUCUGUAUAGGUUUGAUUAUCCACGAAGGAUCAUCGGUCUAUCGGAUCUUUAAGCGAUGGCAAGCCGUGAAUCAGCAAUGGAAAGUUCUGAACUAUGAUAAAACUAAGGACCUUGGGGAACCUAUAGGUGGGACUACAAAGCUUGGGGGAAGGAAUUCACGGACGAAUCAUUCUUCUCACAAUGAUAGAGGCCCUGGGCGGAGCCAGCGGGUUAGGACUAUUUUGAACCAUCACUGUGGUUAUACAAUCCUACACAUCCUCAGCCACCUUCGGCCUAAUGAACAUCGAAAUAGCUCACACUCCAACAGAGAGGUGGUGAUGAGAGUGACAACGGUAUGAGAAAUUGUCCCAAUUGUUGAAGGAAAUGGUUUGCUGCUAUCCUUCACUGGCUUCUACUGAUACCGCCACUGCAAUGGUAUCAGAAAGGGAAGGAGCUUUGUUUCACUGGAGAAAACAGUGAAUUCUGAUCCCUGAGGUGCCGGUCUUUCAAUGCAUUUUGGCCAACUUUGUUCAUAUAUGAAACGCCCCGAUUUUUAUUUUUUAAAAGUUGGGCCUUCUUUUAUCACGUAAUACUUUUCUGUGCGUCUUAUCAGCUACAAAUUCGCCCAGUCUGAAUUGAAGCUCUAGGGUUCCCUCCAACAAAUGUCAACGACUGACACAAAUCUUACCUGAAACGUUGAAAUACGUCGAAAGCACAAGCCAGCGUAAAAAAAAAAAAAGAAAGAAAAACACAAAAAGUCAUCACAAGAACCAAGUCUUAACUUUUUUUACCUCAGCUUUAAAGGAUGACAACAUCAAAGAGAAACAUAGGAUGCGAAACCUGAACGUAAAGAUACAAUUAUUAAAGUAAUUGUACGAAAUGCCUAAACACAAGGGUAAAUACAGCAAAAAUAACAACAAAAAGACUCUGAAGUGGUUCACAACUUUCUAAGCGAUGAAUAGGUGCAAUAAAACUUAUUUUUACGGCAAAAUGGGAUCUUUGCAAUAAGACGCUUGUACUUUCCCUGGUUUUACAUUUUUUGCAUGAGUAAAUGUAAUUUUUUUUCCUCUCUUCUCCCUGCGGGAGGAUAAAGAAAAUAAUAUUUAUAUGCAAAUGGUCUCCAACUACAUUUAUUUUCGUUUUCUUCUUAUUCACAUACUGGGAUGUAAAAUUAAAGGCAUCAGG